AUGAACGAUAUUUCAAACGUAAAACGCGCUUCGAGUCCGUCAAGGCCCCUGCCACCAUCCGGAUGCAUAUACGGCAGCAUCGUGAUCAAAUGCAAACAUCCACUUUUUACCCAAAUGGCCACAACCCAGCCCGCGGAAGAGCACCAGAUCGCACCAUGCGUGAUCUGUGCAAUUCCCUGCAAUGAAAUCGAAGGCCGUCGGCCCAUGUGCAGCAACUGCGCAGCUGAUAUGAAGAGGCGAAAGGAGAGGGUCAUUGAUCGAGUCCGGCACUCUACGCCGGUCGAGACUGGGCCUCAAAAGGAUGGAACCAUGAGCUACGAAAGCCAAAAGGGUAGACUGGAGUCGGACAACAGAAAAAGCCGGGAUAAGGAAGCGAUGAAUCUAAAGAGGGCCAAAAGCAAGAAGGGGUCUAAACCAGGUUUCUGGGGGAGGUUUCUGCAAGGUCUACGCUGA